UCCUACAUCAGGUGGGAUUGCCCCUCUGUCCAGGCUAAAAGCUGCACCAUGGAGCUCUGCAGAAUUACAUCUCAGCAGUGCUGCAAGUUCAGAGAUCCAGACAGAGCAGAAGGCUGAGACCCAGAAAAGGAUUUUGAGACCAGAGACACCAACCAAGGCUGGGUGAGACCCAGGUGACAGGCUCUGAGUGGACACUUGGAUCCCCAUCUGCUGACAGAGACCAGAGACCAGAGGCCAGGAUGAAGCUGGACUUGGCUGUGUGUUGCACGCUGGUGCUGGUGCUGAUGCUGAUGGCCUCGGUGCUGACCAGGACAGGAGCAGCUCCUGCCCCUACGCCCCCCAGGACCCUCCUGGGUGCAAGGGGCUGCCACAUGGGCCAAUUUAAGUCUCUGUCGCCACAAGAGAUGAAGGCCUUCAAGAGGGUCAAGGGCGCCCUGGAAGAGCUAAAAGCUGCACCAUGGAGCUCUGCAGAAUUACAUCUCAGCAGUGCUGCAAGUUCAGAGAUCCAGACAGAGCAGAAGGCUGAGACCCAGAAAAAAGCAGCUCCUGCCUCUACGCCCCCCAGCACCCACCUGGGUGCAAGGGGCUGCCACAUGGGCCAGUUCAAGUCUCUGUCGCCACAAGAGAUGAAGGCCUUCAAGAGGGUCAAGGACGCCCUGGAAGAGUCGCUCCUGCUUAAGAACUGGAGCUGCGGCUCCCGCCCACUCCCCAGGACCCGGGACCUGAGGCAGCUGCAGGUGUGGGAGCGCCCUGUGGCCUUGGAGGCUGAGCUGGCCCUGACACUGAAGGUCCUGGGGACCUUGAAGAACUCGACCCUGGGGGACAUCCUGGACCAGCCCCUGCACACGCUGCACCACAUCCACUCCAAGCUUCAGGCCUGUGCCCCAGCUCAGGCCACAGCAGGCCCCAGGCCCCGGGGCCUCCUCCGCCAAUGGCUGCAUCGCCUCUGGGAGGCCGGGAAGAAGGAAUCCCAGGGCUGCCUUGAAGCCUCUGUCACAUUGAACCUCUUCCGCCUCCUCACCCGUGACCUGAGAUGUGUGGCCGCUGGAGACCUGUGUGCCUGACCCUGACACCCACCUGCAACCUGUCCCAGCCUCUUGGAUUGUAUUUAUGUAUGCCCUCCCUUUUUGUAAUUUAUUGACUCCCACCCACUAUUUAUAUAUUUAUGGGUGUGAAUUGUCAAACUCA